AAGUGAUUGCGGGAAGAUGGGCCAAGAAACCUUUGUGGUGGUACUACAUAAUGUAUUUGAGAGGUUGCAUUCCCCAGCAGCCUUUUGUCUCAGAGUUGUUGAGAUAUCUUCACUGUUCCCAGCUUCCUGGUCGCAACUUUCUUAGGACCCACUCCUUCAUCCUCAUCGUUCUGGGUUGAAAGAAAGGGAAAGAUGACGACCAAGAAUCCCGAGCCUGUUAUCGAAAGUGAGAAGACGCGACACUACGAUGAGAAGGCCGAGCUUGAGAGCGUCAAGCCUGCGGCGGGUGGGAAUGUGGACUACACAGGGAGUGUAGCGAAGACCGAUCCGAAGGAGAUUGCGCUGGUGAGGAAGAUUGAUUGGAGACUCAUGCCGACGCUGUGCACAAUGUACUUCCUCAACUACGUAGACCGUAACGCCAUCGCGCAAGCGCGCCUCAACAACCUCGAGCGGGACCUCAACAUGACAGGCGUGCAAUUCAACACCACCGUCUCGAUCCUGUUCGUCGGCUACGUGCUCAUGCAAGUGCCUUCCAACAUGCUGAUCACACGCAUCAAGCCCGGGGUCUACAUGAGCGCGUGGAUGCUUGUCUGGGCCGUGGUGUCUGCUUGUACGGCGCUAGUGCAGAGCUUUGGCGGGCUGGUGGCGUGUAGAUUCUUUUUGGGGAUUACUGAAGCACCAUUUUAUCCGGGGGCUACUUAUAUGUUGAGUAUUUUUUAUACUAGGAAAGAGGUUGCUACGCGUAUUGCGCUCUUGUAUUGCGCGCAGAUCUUGGCGACUGGAUUCUCGGGGCUCAUCGCUGCUGGUGUGUUUGCUGGUAUGGACGGCCUCAGAGGCAUUGCUGGAUGGAGGUGGCUUUUCAUUGUCGAGGGCGCUGUGACAGCUUUCGUGGCCAUUUUCGGCUUUUUUCUACUACCAAGCACUCCUCUAACAACCUCCUGGCUAAAUCCUGAAGAGCGCCAGAUGGCCCACGACCGCAUGGAGCGUGACCGCGUCGGCGAUGCUGGAGAGAAGGUCAGUAUAAUGGAGGGCCUCAAACAGGCCUGCAAGGACAAGCGAACAUGGCUUUUCUGCUUGAUGCAGAACUUCCACUUGAGUGCUUGCUCGUUCAACUCAUUCUUCCCAACUGUCGUGAAAACCCUCGGCUUCAACAGAACCAUCACACUCGUCCUUACCUGCCCGCCAUUCCUCUUCGCCGGUGUAGCAGGAAUCAUGACUGGAUGGAGCUCCGGACGCCUGCACGAGCGCACGUGGCACAUCACGGGCGGUCUCUCCGUCGCCAUCAUAGGUUUCGUCAUCGCAGCCAGCACUCUGAACACCGCAGGCCGAUAUAUCGCAUGUUUCAUCUUCCCCGUAGGCGCCUACUCCGUCAACUCCGUAAUCAUUGGCUGGGCAUCCUCGACACUGAGCCAGACCAAGGAGAAGAAGGCUGUUGUUCUGGCGAUGACGAAUGUUGGAGGCCAGAUUGGAUACAUCUACGGCGCAUACUUGUGGCCGGACUCCGACUCACCGAGGUUUGGUAUCGGGUUUGGUGCGUCUGCUGGGUUUGCGUUGUUGAGUAUUGCGUGCGCGUGGGCGAUUCGAGUGCUGCUCAUUAAGGAGAACAAGAAGUUGAGGGAAUCUACGGACGAGCACAUCAAUCUGUACGGAUACUAGAGAGGUGGUUAGGGGGAAAGUUAGCUGGAAAGGCAACGUAGCUGUUCAGAUGCCGAUCGUCUGAGUAGAAAGAGCAAAGCAAUGAGAACUCAAUUGCCCUUCAGCACUUCAUCUGUGCAUCGAGUAUGACGUCAGUUGACUGCUUUGGGAUGUUGAAGCUGAUCAUUAUGCAGUUUGGAUUCCAGGAACAGAAACUAUGAGAUUGAAUUGGACCAGCAGAAGGAACUUUAAAUUUACUGCGCAGUCGUAGUGCGUGAUGAUGAGUGGAGGCAGCCCUGGCCAGCAGCCCAGGCAGUGCGUUGGCGAGGACCAGCAGCAGAGGAGCGCCUAAAGGCGCGAGAU